GUGGGCGCAGCGGCCCCGCCCUGACCAGCGCGGGCGGAGGCCGGUUCCCAUAGGGAUCGCGGGCCGACCGGCUGCGACAGAGCGGGGCCAGAGUCGGCGAGGCUGGAGCGAGGCCGGCGAGGCAGCCGCGGCGCCUCUUCUGUCUUAGGUCCUUGACAAAGACCCAUCGUUGACUGGGGCUGUUCAUGCCAAUAUUUACUAAGCGACAUUUUCAAAUUAUGUGAAGAUCCAUUUUAAGAAGAUUUAUUCAUCAGUGAUGGAGAAGUAUGAAAAAAUUGGGAAAAUUGGUGAAGGAUCCUAUGGAGUUGUUUUCAAAUGCCGAAACAGGGACACAGGUCAGAUUGUGGCCAUCAAGAGGUUUCUGGAAUCAGAAGAUGACCCUGUCAUAAAGAAAAUCGCCCUUCGAGAAAUCCGUAUGCUCAAGCAACUCAAGCAUCCCAACCUCGUCAACCUUAUUGAAGUCUUCAGGAGGAAGCGGAGGCUUCACCUGGUGUUUGAGUACUGUGACCACACGGUGCUCCAUGAGCUGGACAGACACCAAAGAGGGGUACCAGAACAUCUCGUGAAGAGCAUAACUUGGCAGAUACUGCAAGCUGUAAAUUUUUGCCAUAAACACAGUUGCAUACACAGGGAUGUGAAGCCGGAAAACAUCCUCGUCACGAAACAGUCUGUGAUUAAGCUUUGUGACUUUGGAUUCGCUCGACUUUUGACUGGACCGAGCGACUACUACACAGACUACGUGGCCACCCGCUGGUACCGCUCCCCAGAGCUGUUGGUGGGGGACAUGCAAUACGGCCCCCCAGUGGAUGUUUGGGCGAUUGGCUGUGUCUUUGCUGAGCUGCUGUCAGGGGUUCCUCUGUGGCCAGGAAAAUCAGAUGUGGAUCAACUCUAUCUGAUUAGGAAAACCUUGGGAGACCUCAUUCCUAGGCACCAACACGUAUUUAGCACAAAUCAGUACUUCAGUGGGGUAAAAAUUCCAGACCCUGACGAUAUGGAACCGCUUGAAUUAAAAUUUCCAAACAUCUCUUAUCCCGCCCUGGGCCUCUUAAAGGGCUGUCUCCACAUGAAUCCUGCCGAGAGACUGACGUGUGAGCAGCUGUUGCAGCAUUCGUAUUUUGACAGUAUCAGAGGAACGGGGGAUUCGGCAAAAGAGCAGGAGAAACCAACAAAGAAGACCCUACGACAGAGCCGAAAGCACUUGCCGGGGGUAAACAUGGGGCACUGCUUUACAGAAACAUGCGAGGUUGCAAUUUCAAAUGAGUUCAUACCUGCCGUCUGGUACAGAGAGUCUGAAUCUGUACUUGAGUUGCAGUGCCUACCUCAGCUGACCAGCAGCAGCAUCCUUCCAGCUCUGGAUAACAAGAAAUAUUGCUAUAACACCAAGAAACUUAACUACCACUUUCCAAACAUUUAAACAGCUUGGAGAUUGAUGAUAAAAAAAAAGAGUCGGUCAUCAAUUUGAAUAAAACACACAUGGUUGAAAACAAUCACAACGUUGGAAAAAGCCUCAGGAGAAAACUUAAGUAGCUAAGUGGGGGAGGCCACAUGGCAAGAUGUGAAGGAAAAUUCCAGAAGCAGUCUUCCAUGCAUGACGAUGCUGUCCAGAACAGAAAGGAACAACUUCUUUGGAUUUUCACUUGUAUUUUUAUUGUAUCUAGGUAGCUGAGCUGAUGGGCAGAAUAUAAACUGUAUCUACUGUACUCGUCCAUACUACUGGCAAAAUAGAGAUGCAAGAAAAAAAAAAAAAAGAUUUAUGCUAUAAUCGUACCAGAUAGAACAAGUGAAAAUGGAUUAUAGAAUACCCACAUAUUUUUUUUUGGAUCUCUGUUGCUUUGAGUCCUAUCUCCUGCCUCUUGAGAUUUUCUCAUCAUAUUUAAGGAGGGUUUUAGUUCUUAAAAGCAAAAUGUUUAAAAUUCCAUUUCCUGCUUGUUCUAGUUCUUGAUUUUUAUAUAUGGAAACUUCUUGAAUACUUGAGUCAUUCAAAAUAUUUAAAAUCAUAUGGAUUAUCAUAAAA